CAUCACUAUCUCUCUCUCUCUCUCACACUCCCCAACGCAGUCUCUCUCUCUCUCUCUCUCUGAAGCCUCAACUUCCUACAAUUACAGUCUCAGACUGAGAGGAAGAAGAGAGAUACAAACAAUGGAUUACGAGAGGAUUCACAAUGCUCAGAGUGGAGUAAUUUCUCCGAAUAAACUCAGGAUAAAGCUAAUGGGAACUCAGUAUCAUCAGAAUGCGAAGAACAAAGAUGGAUCAAACUGUAACUCCUCUAGAACUUCUCCUUCAAAACUAGUGGAUUCUGAGUUUGUGAAGAACGGUUUGCUUGCUAACAGUAGCGGUGGAGACUUCGAUGAGGAAGUUUCCAGCAUAGAUCCAUCAAUGAAAUCAUCUACAAACUCUUUGGUAGAUGGUAGUUCAUAUGAUCAAAGUUCUUCCCAGCCUAGGGAAAAUACCAAAUCGCAACAAUUUCCAAAGAUGGAGGCAUUUCAUUCCAGGAGAAUAUUAGAAGAUGAUGUCAAUCUGAGUCAUGAUAGUAACAUUAGCUUUGAGUUUCAAAAUGGGGAGAGAUCAGUGCACCAUCCAUUGACAAGAUCCUUGUCAAGACCUAUGUCUUCAAAAUGGAAUGAUGCAGAGAAAUGGAUAAUGAAUAGUCAAAAUGGUCAAAAUGGCCAAAAUGGCCAAAAUGGCCAAAAUAACCAUCUUAAGAAAUCCAAUCUUCUAAAUCGCCAAGCAUCCAUAAGUUUGUUAAGAUUUCCCCCGGAAAUUUCUGAGCAUAAACCUUCUGUUAGAAGAGGCGAUUUCGGUCAAUCGUUGCAAGAGCAGCAGAGGAUUUCAGUUUCAGCAAUAGUGGAAAGCGUGAUGCUUGAUCUCUGUGCUCACUCUAAGGAUUUGAAGGAAGAUAAGCACAAUGAUAUUUCUGCAUGCAAUUCAAUUGAUGACACCUCAGGUAUUAUUCCUGGUAUAAGAUCUGUUUCAAUGAGAGACAUGGGAACUGAAAUGACCCCAAUUCCAAGUCAAGAGCCCUCGAGAUCAGCCACGCCUUUAAGUUCCACAACUCCAAUCCGCAGUCCAACCUCUUCGAUUCCAUCCACUCCAAGGAGAGGAUUGUCAGCAGCUUCCAAUCCAGCCGAAGAACCAAACAAUGUCAUAAAUGGCAAAAGGGAAUUAUCAGAGGAGGAAAUGAAGCUUAAGACAAGAAGAGAGAUUGUAGCUCUAGGUGUCCAGCUGGGUAAGAUGAAUAUCGCUACUUGGGCUAGCCAAGAAGAAGCUAUGUAUGCAUCCGCAAUGAAAAGGAUCGAUUCAUCCGAAGUUAAAGGGAACGAAUUCGAUAAGAUUGCAGCUGAAUGGGAAGAAGCCGAAAAGGCUAAACAUGCAGCAAGAUAUAGGCGUGAAGAAAUUCAAAUACAAGCUUGGGAAAGCCAGCAAAAGGCAAAACUAGAAGCUGAAUUGCAGAGAAUUGAGGCUAAAGUUUCUCAAAUGAAAGCGAAUGCUCAAUCGAAAAUGACAAAGAAGAUUGCGAUGGCAAGGCAAAGAUCGGAAGAGAAACGAGCAGCAGCAGAAGCUAGGAGGAGGAAGGAAGCUGAAAAGACUACGGUUCGGGCAGAAUAUAUUCGACGAACUGGACGUGUUCCAUCGUCUGCAUGUUGUUGUGGUUGGAAAUCAUGUUGAAUUCGGUAAAGGUAGUUCGGUUCUUCUUUUGUUUUUGUCAUGAUUCCAUCAUUUGUGUCAAUUUUAGUUUAUUUUCUAAGCUCGACAGAGUGAAUUCAUGUUAUUUUUCAAGUUAUUGUACCAUUUGAAA